UUUUAUGUCCUCGGUAGAGAUUCCUAUCCCAAAUCUGGCUGCGAAUCCAACCUGGACAGAGUUUUUCCCAAAGGAACAAAUCACCAUGCAGUGUGGAUUUGGAAGCAGUUCUGAUGGCUGGUCAUUUAAAUGGACCAAAAAUGGCAAAACAAUUAAAAAAAACCCUACUUUAACCAUUACAGCAGAGAGUUCUGACUCUGGACAAUAUGCAUGUAAAGGAAAACUUAAUGGCAGAUCAGUUGUUACCCAACAGAGUGAUGUAUUUCAACUAAACAUAAGAGAGACUCCUAUCCCAAAGCUGACUUCGAAUCCAACCUGGACAGAGUUUUUCCCAAAUGAGCAAAUCACCAUGCAGUGUGGAUUUGGAAGCAGUUCUGAUGGCUGGUCCUUUGAAUGGACCAAAAAAGGCAAAACAAUUAAAACAAACCCUACUUUAACCAUCACAGCAAAGAGUUCUGACUCUGGAGAAUAUGCAUGUAAAGGAAAACUUAAUGGCAGAUCAGUUGUUACCCAACAGAGUGAUGUAUUUCAACUAAAUGUAAGAGAUAUUCCUAUCCCAAAGCUGACUGUGACUCCAACCUGGACAGAGUUUUUCCCAAAUGAGCAAAUCACCAUGCAGUGUGAAUUUGGAAGCACUUCUGACGGCUGGUCCUUUGAAUGGACCAAAAAUGGCAAACCAAUUAUAACAAACCCUACUUUAACCAUCAUAGCAAAGAGUUCAUCUGACUCUGGACAAUAUGCAUGUAAAGGAAAACUCAAUGGCAGAUCAGUUAUUACCCAACAGAGUAAUGAAUUUCAACUAAACAUAAAAAAGACUCCUAUCCCAAAGCUGACCGUGGAUCCAACCUGGACAGAGUUUUUCCCAAAUGAGCAAAUCACCAUGCAGUGUGGAUUUGGAAGCAGUUCUGAUGGCUGGUCCUUUGAAUGGACCAAAAAUGGCAAACCAAUUAAAACAAACCCUACUUUAACCAUCAUAGCAAAGAGUUCAUCUGAUUCUGGACAAUAUGCAUGUAAAGGAAAACUCAAUGGCAGAUCAGUUAUUACCCAACAGAGUGAUGUAUUUCAACUAAAUGUAAAAGAUUCCACGCCUAAACCAACCAUAGAACAAGAGCCAUCAUUUGAGUUUUCCUACACUGGUGAACAAGUCCAGCUUACUUGCAACAUGUCAGGUGCCGCAUGGAAAUAUUAUUGGUACAAAGACUCAAAGCCAACAAAACCUACUGCAAAUAAAAAUUAUAUUAUUAAUUCAGCAUCGGUCCAUGACACUGGUGACUAUCACUGCGAAGCAAAGAGACGUGACUUCUCAAUCAAAAGUAAGGGGGAAAAAGUGCAAGUUAAAGCUCUUUCAGCAGCUUCACUGAAGCUGGUCACUGAAUUGAGUGACAUCAUCGCUGGAAAUAUCCUGACACUGAAUUGUAAGGUUUUAGAUGAUAAAACAUGGAAUUACACCUGGUUUGAGAACAAUCAGGAGCUGAAUGAAUCUUCAAGUACAUUAAAGGUCAAAUCAACCGAAGAAACUAUUAAAAAUGAAUUUAAAUGCAGAGGGAAAAGGACAGAACGACCGCUGUACUCCUCUUUGAGUGAUCCGUUCAUGGUAGAUGUAAGAGCCACAUAG